GCGGAGCCUAGAAGUCAGGUACCGCGAGAAGUGAUCUCCCGUAGACGUCCUAACAAGCGCAGGCGCACUACAAUUCCCGCCCCGGCCGAGAAGGUGGUACCUGCAGCGGGAGGCUGGGCCGGGCCUAUGUACAAAGAUCGCGAGAUUUAAUGGAGCGUCACCGCUACUUCUUCCUGGCAGAGACCGGAAGUGCGGUCCACGGAGAGUCUGGGGCGCUUGCUCUGCCUUGGGCCCGAGUUCCUGUCGCUGCUCCUCCGCUCCCCCUUCGUCUGGCCUGCCCUGGAUCGAAAUGAUGGGGGAUCUCAAGGAAGCCGGAGCCGAGGGGCCGCCGGCCGGGGCCGCCGCUCGAGGAGGGCUCAGCCUCCUGUCACAGGGAGAAUCCGAGGAACCUUCUGCACAGGGAUCAGCUUUAUUUCUUGGAGGCAAUGAAGUGAAGAGCCGAGCUGUGGUGAAAUACUCUUCUGCCCCUCCUCGAACAGCAUUUGCACGCCUUGAAGAGAAAACAGACUUGAAACUCCCACCUGCCAACUGGUUACGAGAGAGUGCCAAGCUAGGGCCAGCAGGAACUACAAUUCUUGGUAACAGCAAGAAAAGCAAGCCAUUUUCAAGCUUUGGCAUGGCAUAUGACUUCAUUGAUUCAGUGGGAAAUGAUGUAGAUGUUGUCUCUGACUCUGAAAACAUAAAAAAACUCCUGAAAAUUCCCUACAGCAAAUCCCACGUGAGCAUGGCGGUACACCGCAUAGGAAGGACGCUCCUACUAGAUGAACUAGAUAUUCAGGAACUCUUUAUGAGAUCGUCUCAGACUGGAGAUUGGACAUGGUUGAAAGAGUUUUAUCAAAGACUGAUUGAUCAGAAGUGGCAGAGGAAGAAAAAGAGCAAAGAACACUGGUAUCAAAAGGCAAUUCUUUCCAAGUUUUUAUAUUACAGCAUCAAUGGUGAUGGAGCCGCUCAGCCUGUCCCAUCUACCGCAGAACAGCAGGAAUCCUCCAGUUCAGAUCAGACAAAUGAUUCUCAAGGGGCUUCAUGGCCUGCUCCCUUCGAAAUGCCUUCUUCAGUUUCUGAAGAUCCCAGUGCUUCCAGUCAGGGAAGUGAGCCUCUUGAACCCUCAUACAUAGUGGGGCAUGUGGCCUCAGCACCCAAAGAACAAAACUUGACUACUUUAUUCAAUGACGGGGAGCACAGUCAGGGUCUUAAAAAUGAUUUUGUUCGGAAUAUUCUAUGGACCUUUGAAGAUAUCCAUAUGUUGGUGGGCUCCAACAUGCCCAUAUUCGGGGGAGGCAGAUACCCAGCAGUCAGCUUACGUCUCAGGGAUAACAACAAGCCAAUUAAUGUGCUAACUGGAAUUGACUAUUGGUUGGACAACUUGAUAUGCAAUGUACCAGAGCUUGUGAUGUGUUUUCAUGUAAAUGGAAUUGUACAGAAAUAUGAAAUGAUAAAGACAGAAGAAAUUCCCAAUUUGGAAAAUUCUAAUUUUUCUACUAAAGUCAUAAAAGACAUUGCACAGAAUAUUUUAUCAUUUUUGAAAUCUAAUUGUACCAAAGAAGGACAUACCUAUUGGCUCUUUAAAGCAAGUGGCAGUGAUAUAGUGAAGCUCUAUGACCUCACUACUCUUUGUGAAGAAACUGAAGACAAAUAUCAAAAUCCAUUCACAAUGCCAGUGGCCAUUCUCUUAUAUAAGGUUGCUUGCAACAUGAUGAUGAAGAAGAAUCAAAAUAAGAAACACUAUGGAACUGUUAGAACAUUGCUUCUUAACUGUCUUAAAUUAUUGGACAAAAGCAGGCAUCCUCAAAUUAUUGCUUCUGCCAAUUACAUGCUUUCAGAACUUUUUCAAUUGGAUGAACCUAAAAAGGAAGAAAAUUCAGAAUCUCCUUUAAAUGAAAAUUCUGAUGAAAGUUAUAGUGAAGAGGAGGAAGAGAUGCCGGACAGUGACGAAAAUGGAUCCUAUAGCACCAGCUCUGAUCCAUCUGAUGAUAGCAAAGCAGUAGCUAUCAUUAAGUCUGUUGGAGAACUGUCGGUACCAGAGAAAUACAAAUCUAUUCAUCAAAUCAGACCCAGUUGUGCAUUUCCAGUUUGCCAUGACACAGAAGAGCGCUGUAGACUUGUGCUUAGCUACGUUCUAGAGGGUUUAAAAUCUGUUGAUAGCAGCAUCAAAAAAGAAAGCGACCCUCCAGCAGCUGACCCCAGUACUCCAAUCCCGUUAAAAUAUGAAGACGAAUCCACAAGAGGGGGUCCUGAGGGGCCAGAGAAGCAGAUGGCCUUGUUUUUGGACAAAAUGGGCUCCCUUCAGAAGGGCAAUUAUUCCAGUCAAUCUGGAAUGAUCCCUGGCUCUUGGCAACAUAAAAUGAAACUUCAGCUGAUUCUCAAGUCAUCAAAGGCCUAUUAUGUUUUGUCUGAUGCUGCCAUGAGUCUUCAGAAAUAUGGAAGAGCAUUACGAUACAUUAAAUUAGCUUUGCAAAGCCAUGAUACUUACUGCUGUCUCUGCACCAAUAUGCUUUCCGAAGUGCUGCUGUUUCUCUCUCAGUAUUUGACACUUUGUGGUGAUAUCCAACUAAUGCUAGCCCAGAAUGCAAAUAAUAGAGCAGCACACCUUGAAGAGUUUCAUUACCAAACGAAAGAAGACCAGGAGAUCCUGCACAGCCUUCACAGAGAGUCCAGCUGCCAAGGAUUUGCAUGGGCAACUGAUUUGUCUACAGACUUAGAAAGUCAACUGUCUGUUAGUUGUAAAUGUUAUGAGGCUGCUAAUGAAAUCUUGCAAUUUAGUGACUUAAAAAGCCAAAAUCCAGAACACUAUGUACAAGUGUUAAAGAGAAUGGGUAACAUUAGAAAUGAAAUUGGUGUAUUUUACAUGAAUCAGGCUGCUGCAUUACAGAGUGAGAGAGUAGUGAGCAAAUCUGUGUCUGCUGCCGAGCAACAGUUGUGGAAAAAAAGCUUUUCUUGUUUUGAAAAGGGAAUUCACAACUUUGAGUCAAUUGAGGAUGCUACAAAUGCCGCCCUUUUAUUAUGUAACACCGGGAGACUCAUGCGAAUUUGUGCACAGGCACACUGUGGUGCAGGUGAUGAAUUUAAACGUGAAUUUUCACCAGAAGAAGGCUUAUAUUAUAAUAAGGCUAUCGAUUACUAUUUGAAAGCACUAAGGUCAUUGGGAACACGAGACAUACAUCCAGCUGUUUGGGAUUCGGUGAACUGGGAAUUGUCCACGACUUACUUUACUAUGGCAACUCUACAGCAAGAUUAUGCUCCAUUAUCUAGAAAAGCUCAGGAGCAGAUUGAAAAAGAAGUCAGUGAGGCCAUGAUGAAGUCCCUGAAAUACUGCGACGUGGAUUCAGUGUCUGCGCGGCAGCCCCUUUGUCAGUAUCGAGCUGCAACCAUCCAUCACAGGCUGGCCUCCAUGUACCAUAGCUGUCUGAGGAAUCAGGUUGGUGAUGAACACCUCAGGAAGCAGCACCGGGUGCUGGCAGACCUUCAUUAUACCAAGGCCACAAAGCUGUUCCAGCUUCUGAAGGACGCUCCCUGUGAGCUGCUCAGAGUACAGCUGGAGAGAGUAGCAUUUGCAGAAUUUCAGAUGACCAGCCAGAAUAGCAAUGUUGGAAAGUUGAAAACACUGUCUGGGGCGCUUGAUAUAAUGGUGAGAACUGAGCAUGCGUUCCAGCUUAUCCAGAAGGAGCUUGUAGAAGAAUUUGGCCAGCCUAAGAGUGGUGACGCUGCUCCAGCUGCUGAUGCUUCUCCUAGUCUCAAUCGAGAAGAAGUGAUGAAACUCCUCAGUAUAUUUGAGUCUCGAUUGUCAUUUCUUCUCCUUCAGUCCAUUAAACUGCUAUCUUCAACUAAAAAGAAAACAAGCAAUAACAUUGAAGAAGACACAGUUCUCAAAACCAACAAGCACAUUUACUCCCAGCUUUUGAGAGCGACUGCAAACAAAACUGCGACUCUUCUGGAAAGAAUCAAUGUUAUCGUCCACCUGCUGGGCCAGCUUGCCACUGCCGGCAGUGCAGCAAGCAGCAGCACCAUUCAGUGACUGCACAGAGCCGCGUCCCAGACACGCUGUCAGUGCCUUCAACUCGGAGCCGGUUUGUUCAUUUGGUGCUUUGUUCCAUUAAACAAUAGGAAAAUAUCCAUUUAAAACAGGCAUAUCAGUGGAAACACAGAGUUAUCUUAAGUGACAGACAAAUUACAGUUGAGUUCUGUGGCUUCUUCACUUGACGUGCUGACAUCAGAAUCCACCUUAAAGCUUCCACUGUUUAUUUCUUUGAGAAGUACAUAGUACCUCAGUAUUAAUAGACUUGCUGUGAUGCAGUUACACGUUCACAUAUUUUCAAAGUAUGUCAAGCUACAUGGGUCUAAAAUACUGUUUUGGAUAAAAUGUUACUUUGGUCAAGAGAACUUUUAUCCAAAUGAUAUUACAGGUUUAAGUGGGUUAAGGAGACUUCUGUACGUCUACAGCGUUUUCUUUUAAAUUGCACAGAAAAAAGUUGCGUUCUUUAUAAGCUUCAGUGCAGGAUUGUUCCAAGACUAGCUGUUGUGCAGUUUGCUGUAUUUAAUGCAUGUUCUGAAGGGUUCACUUUUGACUUUAUAUGACAGUUGAUCAAGAAUAGGUACUAUCCCUUUUUUUCAUUUUAAACUUGAAACUGUGAAUAAGGUAAGAAAACUAUUUUGAAUAAAUAAACUAUUUAUUUAAAAUGUC